CUUUAACACAGACUCCUACAGCUUUUACACGCAUCUCGCGACGAUUCGUGCAAACCUACGUUACGCUAUAGCCGCAUAGCUUCUCACAGACCUGCUUCGAACAUCUAGCCGGCUGCUUGGGACCGAACGUGGUCUUAGUGCUCCAGUGUGUCAGAGAGCCUAAUGACGCGCACCACGCUCGUCCUGCUCGCGACCCUGCACGCCGCCUCCGCCCUGCAAGCGCUCGUACUGGGAGGCGGCUUCGCGGGCCUCUACACGGCCCUGAACCUCGCGAACGGCGGCGUCAAGACGACACUCGUCGACGCGCGCGAGCGCUUCGCGUUCCUGCCGCUGCUUUAUGAUUAUGCCUGCGGCGCGGCCGACGCCGACGAGGUCUCGGCGCCCUUCGAGGAGCUCUGCCGCGUGCCGAACCUGACCUUCAAACGGGCAUCUGUGGAAAGCAUCGACUUCGACGCGAAAUCCGCGACGCUGGACGACGGCACGCGUCUUGAGGGCGAGGCGCUCGUCGUGGCGCUCGGCCGCGAGGCGCCGGAGGCGCCCGCGACCGCGCGGCCCUUCUACCGCCUCGAGGACGCGACGUUCGUCCGGGAGACUUUGAAUGGAUGGGAUGCUGCUUCCAAGGAUAUUGUCGUCGUCGGCGGGGGGUACACGGGCGUCGAGCUCGCCUGCAAUUUAAAAAGGAAGCGGCCCGGCGACGCCGUCACGCUCUGGGACCGCGGCGACGCCCUGGUGCCGAACGCGGCGCCCGGGAACCGCGCGGCGGCGGCGAAGGCGUUGGAAGCGGCGGGCGUCGCCGUGAAAUUGGAGGCGGCGUACGACGGCGCGGACGCGGAUUUGGUGAUGUGGACGGCCGGCUCGCGGCUUCCUUCUUCCAUUCGCGGGGCGCCGCGCCGCUGCCGGUCCCGGAGCACGGGCGCCCUCGCGGCGGACGCGGGCCUGCGCGUGCGCGGCGCCCCGGACGUCUUCGCGCUCGGCGACUGCGCGACCGUCGCGGGCGUCUCCAAUCUUCCGUCGGCGCAGAUGGCGCUGCAGCAGUCCGCCUGCGCGGCGCGGAACGUGCGCGGCGCGCUCGCGGGGUCGUCGACCAUCGCCAACUUCCGCUUCGCCGAGCUCGGCGAGGCCCUGACUUUUGGCGAGGAGGACGCUUCGUUUGCUUUGGUGCCCGGGCUCUCGGACUUGUUGAACGUCGGCGGGCCGACGGCGGCGGUCGCGCGGCGGCUCCUCUACGCGGCGCGCAUGCCGACGCCGUCCCAGCGCGUCGCGGCGCUCAGCGGCCUGGCCUCGAAGGCCCGCGCCGCUAGUAGUGUGUGAUCUACAUAUCAUUGUUC